AAAAGCAUUACAGAUUGAGCAUCAAAGCAGUAAGGUAGCCAAAAAAAAUCAAAAAGUGCAAUAAAAUAAUUUAAAGUAAUUCAAAAACUAUUUGUUUGAUCUUCGAAAGACAUAGACUGAAAAUGAAAGUUUCAAUUGCUGUAUUUUUACUCUUGGCAGUAUUGUUAGAAUUAUCACUUGCUGCACAUCGCAAUGCAUACAGAAUUUCUAGAUCAAAUAAUAACCGCAAAAAGAAGGAGUCUUAUGACUACAACUUUGAUUAUGACACUGGAAGUCAAUCACAACAUGAUAUUGGACAUGAACUCUCCGGACAUGAACUUUCAGGACAUGAAGAUACUUAUGGAACAGAACAUAUUGGAAAGUCUGGAUAUAGUGAAGGUUCCGGCUUAAGAAACAUCGCUCAAGGUUCAGCUGAUCAAGCCAGCUCAGCCGUCGCUAAUCAAGAACUUGCUGCCAAACAAGCUUCAUACAUUGCUCAAAACAAUCUUGCCAAUUUGGCUCUUCAAGCAUCGUCAACUGCAAUGGCUGCUUUACAAGGAAAACAAGUUCUUUUGGCAAAAAUUGAACAAGAAAAUUUGGAAGCACAUCAAGCUUUAGAGAGUGAAUUAGCACAACUUAGACAAGCCAAGCGAUCAGCAAAGGCAGCACAGCAAUCAGCACAGCAGGCACUUCAGCAUCUUCAACUCUUACAGACAGCAUUAAACAAUGCACAAACAGCAGGUGAACAUGCCCAACAAUCAGCAUCAGAAGCCAGCGCUGAACUCGCAAGUCAAACAAAUAUGGUUGGAAAGGCAAAAGCCAGAGUUGAAAAGAUUGGAGAGCAAUUACAUCAAGCAAGAAUUGAUUAUGAAGCAACGGUAAAGGCAGCUAAUGAUGCUCAAACAAGCGCACAAAUUGCUCAAAAUAAUGCUGCAGAAGCAGCAGCUAAAGCAAGUUUAUCGACUGUCCAUGAAGUAUCAUCAGGCAGCUAUGGACAUGGUCAUGGACAUUUAGAUGCUCAUGAAUCAACUAAAACAUUAACUGUUGCAUCACCAUCUUCGUCGCCACAUAGCUCAUCCGGAUCAAGUUCAAACAGUCACGAACGUGAUUCCAUUGUACGUUCAUCAUCAGCUAGCGGUAAGUCAUCAUCUGCAAGUGGUAAGUCAUCAUCAGGACAAGCAUCAUCAAAGGAAGCAAUUGCAGCUAAUCAUAAUUAUGGAAGUAGCAGUGACUUCAAACCAUCAAAUGGACCUCAAUACAGCUAUGCUGGAUAUUAAAUGAAAGUUUUUAUUGUCUGACACUAAACGAUCUUAAACUGUUGACUACUUUUGUAUUAUAAUGUUAUUUAAUUGUUUUUAGCAUGCAUUAAACAUUCAUACAUCCAAUCAUACCUUAAUAUUAUACUCACUUCCAAUGGCUGUAAAAUUAUGAACGUUUUUUGUUUAUUGAUUUUAAUUUUUUUGUUAG